AUGACUUCCUUUGUUGAUUUCAGCCAGCCGAGCUUCUGGAUUGCGGCCGGCUCGAUUGCGUUUAAUCCCACGUUCUGGAAGGGCGUGGUGACAGAAUACCAUAACAAAGUGAUCACGAAGCUAUUCGGGGGCAACUCGAAGCUCGGAUGCUAUGGCCUCGCCGUCACCAUCUUCUCGCUGGGCAUCAUCAGAGACUACAUCUACCACAAAGCCCUGGACGCGCAACCCACGCACCCAGCUCUAACCCAACCCCUCGUCCACCUCUCAGCCAUCCCACUCUUCGCGACCGGAAACAUCCUCGUCCUAACCUCCAUGUACGCCCUCGGCGUCACGGGCACCUACCUCGGCGACUACUUCGGCAUCCUGAUGGACGCGCCCGUCACCUCGUUCCCCUUCUCCGUCUCCGACGCCCCCAUGUACCACGGCUCGACCCUCAGCUUCCUCGCCACGGCCAUCUGGAGGGGGAAGCCCGCGGGGCUGGUGCUCACGGUUCUCGUGGCGGUCGCGUAUGCGGUCGCGAGGACGUACGAGGAUCCGUUCACGGGCAUGAUUUAUAAGAAGAGGGAUGAGGAGAGGAGGGGGGGAAAGAAGGGGUUGUAGAUGGGCGAGUGAGCGGGGCUGCGUGUGCCUGCGUAGAGUCCUUGCUUGGUUUCCCAUUUCAUACUUGUGUUCUCUCACAGGCAUUGGCAUUGUCAUUGACGUUUAACGAGGACACGUAUUUCCUUUCUUGAUUUCAAAGGAAUUAGGCUCCCUGUGCAGUGGAGAUAGCCAAACGUGCACAUAUCAAACAAGAAGAAAUCCUAAGCAACACCAAGAGGCCGACCGCGACAAACAUUGAAAUCGAGCACGAGUAUCAUUAAACCCAU